AUGGCUUCCGAGAAUUAUUGCCAUAGGAGAGUCUCUAGAAUAGGCAUCAUUGGAGCUGGUAUAAGCGGUAUCGCAGCUGCGAAACAGCUUUCGGGUUACGAGCCAGUAAUCUUUGAGGCGACUGAUUCAAUCGGGGGUGUCUGGAAGCAUUGUUCUUACAGAUCAACUAAGCUUCAGACCCCUCGAUGUGAUUAUGAGUUCUCUGAUUUCCCUUGGCCGGAAAGAGAUAACUCAACUUUCCCUUCUUAUGCUGAGAUAUUGGAUUACUUGCAUGACUAUGCAAACCACUUUGACGUACUCAAGUACGUGAAGUUCAAUUCAAAGGUGGUGGAGAUCAGGUUUAUUGAUCACCGGGAAACCACCAAUUUUGGUGGAGAACCGGGUGAUUAUGGUAGUCUUCUGAGUGGUCGGCCGGUUUGGGAGGUUGCUGUGCAGACCAACCACUCUGAGACCCUUCAGUGGUAUGCUUUCGAGUUUCUUGCUGUAUGUAUUGGAAAAUAUGGGGAUGUACCAUUGAUGCCAAGAUUUCCUCACAACAAAGGCCCUGAAGUGUUCCAUGGAAAGGUGUUGCAUUCCCUUGAUUACUGUAAGCUUGACAAGGAAGCUGCUACUGAACUUGUAGAAGGGAAGAAGACUGUAGUCAUUGGCUACAAGAAGUCUGCAAUUGACUUGGCUGUUGAGUGUGCUGAAGCUAACCAAGGACCAGAUGGGCAACCAUGCACUAUGGUGAUAAGGACACUACAUUGGACUGUUCCUUCAUACUGGGUUUGGGGAUUGCCUUUUUUCUUGUUCUAUUCAACCAGGUCGUCUCAGUUUCUCCAUAAAAGACCCAACCUAAGCUCUCUUAGGGCUCUCCUUUGCAGUUUUCUAUCUCCACUGAGGAAAGGAAUUUCAAAGUUCAUAGAAUCCUAUCUAGUGUGGAAGCUUCCAUUGGUCAAGUAUGGGUUAAAACCAGAUCACCCGUUCGAGGAAGAUUACGCAUCUUGCCAGAUGGCAAUCUUACCAGAUAACUUCUUCUCGCUAGCGGAUCAGGGAAUGAUCAAUUUCAAGAGGACAUCAUCAUCACCGUCCAAUAAAUGGUGGUUUUGGAACGGAGGGAUAGAAUUCGAAGACGGUACCAAGCUUGGUGCUGAUGUUGUGUUUCUCGCCACUGGUUUCGAUGGAAAACGAAAACUGAAGGCUUUGUUACCUGAGCCUUUCCGCAGUUUGGUGGAGGACUCCUCUGGAAUCAUGCCUUUAUACAGGGGCACUAUCCAUCCUCUAAUACCACAUAUGGCCUUUGUUGGUUACAUAGAAAGUGUCUCGAAUCUUCACACAGCAGAGAUACGGUGCAAAUGGCUAGCCCGACUCGUUGAAGAUCGAUUCAAGCUCCCAAGCGUCGAGAAAAUGUUGGACCAAACAACUAAAGAGAUAGAAAUUAUGAAGAAGACUACCAGGUUCUACAAGAGACACUGCAUUUCCACUUUCAGUAUCAAUCAUAGUGACGAAAUAUGCGAAGAGAUGGGUUGGAGUUCAUGGAGGAAGAAGAAUUGGUUUUUGGAAGCCUUUAGUCCUUACAAUAGCCAAGACUAUGAAGAAGGGAAAGAAAAAAUGAUCUAA